AUGCCUACAAAGGUGGAAACAAUGCCGACUUCAGUAUCAUACCUCAACGGUGGCUCUUCCACAUACUCGAACCCCCCUCCUGAGUAUGAGACCGAAGCUGUAGAGCUAUCCCGCAUCUCACUAGCAUCCUCCUCCACAAACUCUCUUCCCGAGUACACUACCUUAUACAACAACAACAUCGCCUCAACCUCGGAUACAGAAGUCUUCUACCCAACUAAGCAACUUCAGAUCCAGGCACCAGGGUUUCCUCUCAUCAGCCUGCCUCUGCCACCACACCCAGACCCUAUCUACAUCUUCAACGUUGGACCAACAGGCGAUAUUGACGAAGCCGAAUAUGUUUCCAUUCGACCGGCUCGUAACUCAGGAUCAUGCUUCCUAGCACGAGCAAAAGAUGAAGUACAGAAACCACUCUGUACCACGACAUAUCGCUUCGGGCCAGGCAAGCCCCCCAAAAUUCGUCUUGAGAACGGAACAUCUCAGAACAAACAAUCUGAGGAAAUCGAAAUAAGCUGCAAGGGCGUCUUUACUCGCAGUGUAGUCAUGCGAACCCAUCUAGGCACCUUCGAGUGGCGGUACAGUUCCCGUGCUGAACGCCGCGCCGCACAAACCUCUGUUGGCGAAGAAAUUGACUGUUUGCUUAUCCUUGACCAGGUUAUGAAAGUAGCCGUAGCAGGCGGAAAGCAGGAAGAGCGACGACGCAAGGUUGGUCAGUUCGUGCGUAGCAAUGGACUCCGCACUCCAGGCUCAAGAAAAUGUACUGCUGGAAAUGGAGGGCGACUCAUGCUUGAUCUGCGCGAGUGGCUGGAUAGGAAGGACGAAAGUAUCGAGAUGGAGAUCCUUGCUGUUGCAAGCUGUGUAUCGAUGAUGAAGAAGGAAGUCGACAGAAGAAGAAUGCACCAGACUAUGGUGAUCAUGGGAGGUGCAUCUGGUGGUCCUUGA